GCCUUUUCUACAGCGACGGAAUGAAGAAAUGAAUAGAUUUGUAGAAGAAAUAAAAGUAGAUCCCUUGAGUGGAUUUAAAAAUUUUACUCGUAUAUCGUGUGAAGAUUUUGAGUUACUGGUCAAUGCACUUAGUCCUCAUAUUGCAAAGCAAGACACCAACUACAGAAAAUGUGUCCCUGUUUCAAUAAGGCUAGCAAUUACCCUGAGAUAUCUUGCUACUGGAGAUUCUUUUGCAAGUUUAAUGUAUUUAUUUAAAGUUUCAAAAGAACUUAUUGCUCGGAUUGUACCUGAGACUUGUAAGGGGUUGAUAAGCGUGCUGAAAGAAAACAUUAAGAUGCCUAAAACUGCAGAAGAAUGGAUGCUGAUAGAACGUCAAUUUGAAAAACAUUGGAAUUUCCCUCACUGCAUUGGUGCUAUGGAUGGCAAACAUAUUGUUAUACAAGCUCCAAAUAAUACUGGAAGUGACUUUUUUAAUUACAAAGGCGAUUUCAGCAUUGUACUUUUGGCAUUGGUUGAUGCAAAUUAUAAAUUCACGUACGUAGAUGUCGGUUGUAAAGGAAGAAUAUCGGAUGGUGGUGUUUUCAAAAAUUUCAACUGCUUGAAUAAAUCUUAUCAUUUGAUCAUUCGUCCAGUCCAUUUUUAAUUUCGUAAAAAAAGUGCGCGUACAAACAAAUGUUUUCACUCCAGGAGUGGAAGCAACACUUUGUUCGCGAACAACAAGUAUGUACGCGCCGACGCGAGUCCACUGCUUGUAUGUGCGCGCACAAAAGUAAC